GGGUCCUCCAGACAGAGCUAUAGCCCACCACUUCAAACCUAGAGGUAUCAACCCUAUCACAAUUUGACACCAAAAUAGAAAGCAGUGAGAGAGAGAGAGAGAGAGAUCAGGUCUAUCUCAAGAAUUCUAUGCCCCAAGAACCAACCACCUUGUGAUCACUAGUAAGGCUCGCAGACGACACGAUCUACAGAUGGCUUACUGUGUUCCAAAUCCAAACCUCUAUGUGCCAGAUCAGUACUACACCCCCUCCGUUCCUCUUCCUCCUCCACUCCAACUACCGUGCCAUCCCAGAGCGCUCCUCCAGCAGAUGCCGUUCGACCAGCUGGAAGAAGCCGUAAUGCUCUCCAAUCCUGACCAUUGCGGGCUAUACCCUCUGCCGGCGCUUCCAUUUAGUCAUCUGACAGCCACUGCACCGGCCAUCGUCUGCGAGAAGCCUACGCCCGGUUUCAUGCCCAAUAUUGGGGUUGAAGAGGUGGGCACCUCGAUAACGGCAGGAGUUGGAUGCGAGGGUGCUAAUAACGGCUAUUCUAGUACGAGUACAUGGUGGAGGGGGUCGGCGAUGUCGGUUGCCGGGGAGAAGGGGAAGAUGAAGGUGAGGAGGAAGAUGAGGGAGCCGAGGUUCUGUUUCCAGACCAGAAGCGAUGUGGAUGUGCUCGACGAUGGGUACAAGUGGAGGAAGUACGGGCAGAAGGUUGUCAAGAACAGCCUCCAUCCCAGGAGCUACUUCAGGUGCACCCAGAGCAACUGCCGCGUGAAGAAGCGGGUGGAGCGGCUGUCGACGGACUGCCGCAUGGUGAUCACCACCUACGAGGGCCGCCACACCCACUCCCCCUGCUCCGACGACGCCUCCCCCGCCGACGACCACACCGCCACCACUACCACCUGCUUCACCUCCUUCAUACCAUCCGUCCACCCAUCGAUCUGAUCGAGUUUCAACUGCAUGCUCGAGGAUCUAUAUAUCGAACAAACAACUAGCGCCACUAGCGCCAAACGGAAGAUCUAUCCCCUUGAUGUAUGUGCAUUUCUGGUAGGCAAUAAAGCUACUUUCUACUACAUGACUGCAUGCAUGCAUGUGAGGAGACAGAAUACUGCUAGUACUUCAAUUCAAGAUGGUUAAACACAA